AUGUCACAAUCAAAGGUUAUUAUAGUCACGGGGGCGAGCCGUGGAAUUGGGCUUGCAAUUGCCAAUUAUCUACUUCAUGCAUCACACAAGCUAGUUCUUGUGGCAAGGAGUGCGGAACCACUGGAGAAGUUGAAAUCGGAAUAUCCUGGCCAGGUCGAGGUUGUUGCGGCAGAUCUUGCCGAUUUUUCGGUCGGCAACAAAGUUGUAGACGCUGGUCUGAAAGCUUUCUCCCGCAUUGACGGCUUAAUCCUUAACCAUGGCACUCUCAGCCCUGUGAAGCGAAUUGCAGAUUCGACUCCGGAAGAAUGGAGGUCCGCAUUUGAUGUCAACUUCUUUAGCAACCUCGCUUUUAUUAAAGCUGCUCUUCCUUCUCUGCGUCAAUCACAUGGCCGCAUCAUCCUUACGUCUUCUGGAGCUGCAGUAGGCGCAUACUCAGCUUGGGGGGCUUAUGGCUCUUCCAAGGCCGCUUUAAAUCAUCUUGCCGCGACGCUUACGAUCGAAGAACCUGAUAUCUCCUCUAUAGCAAUACGGCCAGGGGUAGUGGAUACCGAGAUGCAGAAGGAGGUCCGAGGACAUGCCACGACGAUGGAUGCCAAAGACGCCGAGAAAUUCAGAGGUUUGCACGAGCAAGGUAAGUUGUUGCGACCAGAGCAACCUGGGAACGUCAUGGCACGUUUGGCAUUAGGCGCCGGAAGAGAGUUGAGUGGCAAGUUGUGGAAUUGGAACGAUAAAGAGCUUAGUGACUUCCAGGACGCAUGA